GGGACAUCCAGUGAGGGCAUGGAAAAGAAAAAUUCAACCUUGCUGGCAGAGUUUGUUCUCACGGGACUUACCUUUCCGUCACAGUGGAAAAUCCCUGUCUUCCUGGGGUUCUUGCUGAUCUAUCUCCUCACCAUCAUGGGAAACCUGGGACUCAUUGCUCUCAUUUGGAGUGACCCUCACCUUCAUAUUCCCAUGUAUUUGUUUCUUGGGAGUUUAGCCUUGGUGGAUACUUGGUUAUCAUCCACAGUGACUCCAAAGAUGCUGGUCAACUUGUUAUCCAAGAGUAAGAUGAUAUCUCUCUCAGAAUGCAUGAUACAAUUUUUUUCUUUUGCAGUUAGUGCAACCACAGAAUGUUUUCUGUUGGCAACAAUGGCUUAUGAUCGCUAUGUAGCCAUAUGCAAACCAUUACUUUAUCCAAUGAUUAUGGACAAUGGACUAUGCAUUCGGCUGUUAGUCUUGUCAUUUGGGGGUGGCUUUAUUCAUGCCUUAAUUCAUGAAAGUUUUCUAUUGAGAUUAACCUUCUGUCAUUCCAACAUAGUAUAUCACUUUUAUUGUGAUAUUAUACCAUUGUUAAAGAUUUCUUGUACUGAUCCUUCUAUUAAUAUUCUAAUGCUUUUUAUUUUCUCUGGUUCAAUUCAGGUAUUCACCAUUGUAACAGUUCUUGUCUCUUAUACAUUUAUUCUCUUUGCAAUCUUAAGAAAGAAAUCUGAAAAGGGCUUAAGGAAAGCUUUCUCCACCUGUGGAUCCCACCUCUUGUCUGUCUGUUUAUAUUAUGGCCCGCUUCUCUUCAUGUAUGUUCGCCCGACAUCUUCAGAAACAAAUGAUCAGGAUAUGAUCUUCUCUCUGUUUUACACUGUCAUAAUUCCAGUGCUAAAUCCAAUUAUCUACAGUCUGAGAAAUAAGAAAGUCAUAGACUCACUUUCCAAAAGUUUAAAGAGAAAUGUAUAG